AUGCGGCCAUCAAACAGUUGCCGUCGUCUCUACCGGACCGAAGGAGAUCACGGCCAAAAGGUCCAGAAAAAGCCAGGCGUACGUCAUACCGAAACAGGGGAGGGCAGUUCAGGAUGGGUCCUCGGGGAGAAGAAAGCGACCCGUCGCCCUGAGAAAGACAUUUUUAACUGGACAGCCUGCGGAGGGGGGACAGAGAGAUACGGAGAAGACGACGUGAAAACAGAGCGCCUCCGCCACCGGAAGCCCUGGCGCCGCCCCGGCUCCUCCGCCCCCGUCGAUUUCUUCAUCCGCGAGAUCUUUGCUCUUCGACGCCUCCGCCACCGCCACAUCAUCUACCUCCACGAGGUCCUCGCCUCCCGGUCCAAGGUGUACCUCGUCCUCGAGUUCGCGCGGGGCGGGGAUCUCUCCUCCCGCUUGAACUCCCGCGGCCACUUUUCGGAGGAGCUCUGCCGCCGGAUCUUUCGUCAGCUCCUUUCGGCCGUCGCCUACCGCCACUCUCGCGGCGUCUUUCACCGGGACCUCAAGCCCGAUAACCUCCUUCUCGACGACACCGGCAACCUCAUGGUCUCCGACUUCGGCAGCCAACGCGGGACGCGAGGAUUCAAGGCGCCGGAGAUCCUAUCAAGGCAGGAUUACGACGGGACGAAGGUGGACAUUUGGUCGUGCGGGGUGAUCCUCUACCGGCUCAACGCCGGCUACCUCCCCUUCAAGGACCACGACAACCCCAUGUCGCUCUACCGCGAGAUCCACCACCAAGGCCACCGCAGCUUCCCCCUCCGGACGCCACCCGCUCUCCGCCGCCUCAUCGCCCGACUCCUCGAUCCCAACCCCGCCACCCGCAUCUCCAUUGAUGGCAUCCUCCGCGACUCCUGGUUCGCCAAGGACUUUGACGCCGACCAGUGGGCGGCCAUGAUGCGGCCCAGCCGCAACAACCCCGGCGCCGGGCAGCACGACCGCCGGCUUGGCGGUGAGCUCACCGCCUUCGACAUGAUCGUCUCCUCCCCGGGGCUCGACCUCUCGGGCCUCUUCCUGGAUACGGCGUCGCGAGAGCGAUUCGCAUCGGUCGAGCCGGUGGACAAGAUCAUAGACCGGGUCGAGCAGGUGGGGAAGGCAGACGGCUUGUCAGUGGUGAGGGAGGAGUGGGAGAGGCGGUCGGGCGCGGUGGUCGAGGGGCAAAACGGAGAUUUCAUGCUGAAGGUGGAGGUUUACCGGUUAACCGGCGACACCUCGGUGGUGGAGGUGGAGAUGGAGGUGUGCAGCGGAGCGGUCGGAAGAUUCUGGACCGAGAAGCUGAGGCCGGCGUUGGUGGACCGGGUCGGAGACCGCUGA